AUGGAUAUCUCAGCACAAUACAACCGGCGUUCACCAGAAACCACUGAGGCCUGGAUCCUUGGAAGUAGAACUGCAUCUCUAGGAUCAGCAGUUUACCUGAUAAAGAAGGCUCAUUUACAUCCUGCUGUGCAUAUGCUCGAUGAACACUUAUCCUUGCAGCAAACAUUGCAUGAUCAAGGUAGUACGCAUGCAGGAUACGAUCAGUUUGCAGGGUGUCUCCCUGCUCCUGUUGGAACGGCGUUGACAGAGCUUCUCCAAUGA